AGAAAAAUAACAAAUAAGUAGAUUUUUAUAUGUUAAACCGUAACUAAAAUUAUGGAUAUUAUAGGAUUAAGAUAAACCCAGUUUUCAGUGAAUGGUGUCGCUCUAUAUAAAAGGGAAACGUCCAAAUAGCACAAGGCACAACCUAUUUUUAACCAAAAUUAACAAGUAUGAUGAAUAACCUGCAUUUUAUAUAAAUAAUCAUGGAAAACUUUCCCCCUAAAGACAUGGACAUGGAGCCGCGUUGAUUGUUAUUUAAUAUUUAGAAACUGUAGCUUUAGAACAUACAAGACUUGCAAAAAGAAAACAAGCACAAAACCCUAUAAUUAUUUAAUUGGAACCUUGGUAGCAGUAAGAUGUCAUGCAUUUAUAUGUAAUAUUAUUGUGAUCUAAUAAUUGUUAAUGAUUAAUAGAGUUCCAUAGCCCUUAUUUCAGUACCUAUAUAGCAAAUAAAAGAAGUUACUACCCAAUCAAAUAUAUAGUUCGCUAUACCUAUAGAUAAGUGUCAGGAUAAAAUGGCUGCCCCAAACCGGGACGGUCGCAGCAGUUCAGCGUCGUCACACAGCGGCAACACAAUUCCACCCCAUCGAGGUUCGAUACGCACCCCGAAACGUCCCAGACCCCAAACCUCCUCCGUCUAUCUGGAGGACAAAAACACCGACUUCUCCUGUCCGAUCUGCUUCAAUCUGAUCGAGGAGGCGCACAUUACCAAAUGCGGGCACACGUACUGUUUCGAGUGCAUCAAAAAAUCGUUGGAACAGUCGAAAAAGUGCCCGAAAUGCAACGCCGCGCUCACUACCGACGACGUCUUUCCCAACUUCCUACUGAACGAUCUCAUAAAAAAACACAAACUAAGGACUAACGGUUACGAGGGCAUCGCGCGGGACAGUUCCGGUGAGUUUAGCGGUAGCGCGGACGGUCUACGCGACUUCGUCACUUCAGAGUCGCAAAAUUUAACGUUACCGGACGUGAACGUUAUGCUCGAGGUGCUCACUCAGCGGAAACAGCUACUGGAGGCGGAGUCUUGUGCCGCGCAGAAUCGAUUGUUGUUGGAAUUCUUGAAACAUUUGUUAAAGCAGAAGAAGGAGCGGCAGAAUCAGAUUGCUAACGAGAUUACUAUUAUAGAGCGGGAUAUUGAUGAGGUAAUAGAAAAAUUAAAAGAAGUGCAUAGCAAAUGCCCGACCCUCGAGGACGUGGAGAGGGCGGCCGCCGGCGUUUCCGAAUCGGAUGCUUCAACUGUUAGUGCCAUGAAAAAAGAAAUGAUUGAAAUGAUAGACAGUAUAGGAACGUCUACAGGUCGUAAAAAAGAACCCGCAUCCGGUGAAAGCUCCUCCCAACCAGCUUCCUCGCUCGCCAUACGUCGUCGGCGCAUGCACGCCUACUUCGAGGACUUUGUCGACUGUUACUUCUCGGUGAGAUCCAAGGAUCUGAUGUUCGGCAAAGAAUCGCACGAGAAAUCGAAAAGUGCCUCCGAGCCGAACGCCGCCUUGGAUCAGUUCCGAGAGAGUCUGAUCAAGUUCUCCGCUUACAAUAAUCUGAGGGUGCUCACCUCCUUAAACUACUCGAACGAUUUGUUCAAUAAUUCCACGAUCGUAUCGAGCAUAGAAUUCGACAAGGACAAUGAACUGUUUGCGAUUGCCGGUGUGACUAAGAGGAUAAAGGUGUUUGAUUAUGGGGCGGUGAUGAAGGACGUCGUAAGGAUUCAUUAUCCUUGUUUGGAGAUGACGUGCCGCGCGAAGAUUUCUUGUUUAAGUUGGCACAGUUAUCAUAAGAGCACGAUGGCAUCCAGCGAUUACGAAGGAACGGUCACGAUAUGGGAUGCAUCCACGGGACAGAGGACUAAAACGUAUCAGGAACACGAGAAAAGGUGCUGGAGCGUGGAUUUUAAUUGUGUGGACACUCGGUUAAUUGCUUCAGGGUCGGACGACGCAAAAGUAAAACUCUACUCCCUAAACGAAGAGCACUCGGUGGCCACCCUAGAAGCGAAAGCGAACGUCUGCUGCGUAAAAUUCAACCCGAAAAGCUCCUCCCAGUUGGCUUUCGGUAGUGCGGACCAUUGCGUCCAUUACUACGACCUUCGUAACAUGAAAGAAGCGGUACACAUCUUCAAAGGCCACAAGAAAGCGGUCAGUUACGUGAAGUUCCUUAGCGGAGAAGACAUCGUGUCCGCCUCGACCGAUUCCCAAUUAAAAUUGUGGAGCAUUAAGACGCCUCACUGCCUAAGGUCCUUCGUAGGGCACACGAACGAGAAAAACUUCGUCGGUUUGGCCACGGACGGCGAUUAUAUCGCAUGCGGGUCCGAGAAUAAUUCCCUGUACGUAUACUAUAAAGGUUUAAGUAAAAAACUGUUCCAGUAUAAAUUCGAAACUGUCGAGGGGGUUUUAGAGGUCGAGAGGCGGGAUGACGACUCGAACGAGUUCGUUUCGGCGGUUUGCUGGAAACAGCAGUCGAAUGUGGUAUUGGCCGCGAAUAGUAGAGGAGUUAUUAAUAUUAUGGAACUAGUCUGAAAUUGGAUAAAGAUAUUUUUUGGUUUAUAGUCAUAAAAUCGUGUCUGUAUAUUAAUGAAAAAGUGAAAUAGAAACGGUGAUUAAAUU